UACUAGGGCUGUGGAAACACUGGUUGCUGGGUGGAGUUUCCUGCGCAGGCUACAAAAGCUUUGAGAGCCCUCUGCUCCUUUGCUCCGGACUGUGCAGCCCUGAAAGGCAGUGCUCGUGAGGAGGAAGAAACUCUGUCAACAUGGCUAUGGUAUCAGAAUUUCUGAAGCAGGCAUGGUUCAUUGACAACCAGGAGCAGGAAUGUAUUAAGAGCUCAAAAGGUAUCCAUGGAGUACAGACAUACCCAAAUUUUGAUCCAUCAGCUGAUGUUGUUGCUUUGGACAGAGCUAUUACUGUAAAAGGUGUGGAUGAAGCCACCAUCAUUGACAUCUUGACUAAGAGAACAAAUGCUCAGCGACAGCAGAUCAAAGCUGCCUAUCAGCAGGCUAAAGGAAAGAGUCUAGAAGAGGCCUUGAAAAAAGCUCUGAAAGGCCAUCUAGAAGAUGUUGUUGUGGCUCUGCUGAAAACUCCAGCUCAAUUUGAUGCUGAAGAAUUAAGAGCCUCUAUGAAGGGGCUUGGAACUGAUGAAGAUACCUUAAUUGAGAUUCUGGCCUCAAGAAACAACCAAGAGAUCAGAGAAGCCAGCAGAUACUACAAGGAAGUGCUGAAGAGAGAUCUGACACAAGACAUCAUCUCUGACACAUCUGGAGACUUUCAAAAGGCUUUGGUUGCUCUAGCCAAGGCUGAUCGAUGUGAAAACCCUCAUGUGAAUGAUGAACUUGCCGACAAUGAUGCCAGGGCCUUGUAUGAAGCAGGAGAGAAAAGGAAAGGAACAGAUACUGGUGUGUUUGUAACUGUUCUUACUACGAGAAGCUACCCGCAUCUUCGAAGGGUCUUUCAGAAGUACACCAAGUACAGCAAGCAUGACAUGAACAAGGUACUGGAUUUGGAGCUGAAAGGUGAUAUUGAGAAUUGCCUCACUGCACUUGUAAAGUGUGCCACAAGCAAGCCAGCUUUCUUUGCAGAAAAACUCCAUUUGGCAAUGAAGGGUUCUGGGACCCGGCACAAAGACCUCAUCAGAAUCAUGGUUUCACGCCAUGAGGUGGAUAUGAAUCAGAUCAAAGGCUAUUACAAGAGUCUGUAUGGCAUCUCCCUCCGCCAAGCCAUCAUGGAUGAACUCAAAGGGGAUUAUGAAACCAUCCUGGUGGCUUUAUGUGGAAGUGAUAACUAAGUUUCAUGUUCCUGAAAUGCACUCAAGCCCAGUUGCUGAAAAUCUUUAUAUUUGCAUGUCUAUGUAAAACACAGGCUUUACACACAGAGGUUUCUGUGGAAUGGCACUUAGUACAUACAUAUUAUAUUGAAAACCUGUAAUCCAGAAUGGUUUUUUUCAAUAUCCUUGCCCUGAACAGCAUCAUUAUUUCUGGUUGCCAUUAUUUAUCCUGAGUGAAAGAAUGCCCCCAAGUUUCUACUCGUGUGAUUAAUUAUGAAAAUGGUCAAGUUUUCAUUUAUGCUAAGCAAAUAAACUUUUAAAAAGAAAAUUCAUCCAUGUGUAACUUUGUAUAUCCUGUGUUACUAUUCUGCAUUUAACUUCAAGCUGUGUGAGGGGAAAAAAUCAGUAAACAGCUUAAUAAAAAAAUAAUGUAGUAAUAUCACGUAUAGCUCUGAUCUGCAUAAGAUUUCUUUUUGGCAGAGUGAAACAGGGUUUCAGCAGAAGUGUGUCCUUUGUGAAAGCCCAGCCUAACCAUUCAACUUCAAAAUGGGAAU